CCUAUUCACCCUUCUUGCUCCUCUGACUUUUGAGAAUCACGUACACUACGCCCUUCUCAGCGAAAGAUUUACAUCAAUAUACCUCCAAUGAUGUCUCUACACUAAUGCAGCAAUACUCAUUCAUCCUCUAAAAAAUCUAUAUUCCCCCUGUCGCAAUGGUAUCCCUGUGGCCCUUCAAAGGAGAAGAUAACUCUCCAGCAUCCUUUGAGAAAGCGCUCUCAGCUCUCUCCGGUAAAAUCACGCGCGCCAACGCCCGUCUCGACAUUCACCGCCAAAAUGCCCGUCGCUUCAAAGCCCUGUGGACGCUAUACACCACCUUCGCCUACCUCCUCUACUCAAUUAUUCUCGCGCUGGUACUUGGUUGGCAGAAUUUUGGCGUGGUAGAGUAUGCCGCCAUUGCCGGAGGACCCGUGGUGAUCUGUGGCGUCCGCGCCGCCAGCAGCAAGUACUUCGAAUACCGCAUCAGCAGAACCCAACACUACCUCGAUGAUCUCCAAAAGCAACGGGAUGAGACCAUUGAAAAACUCAAGAUUGCAACCGAAUACAAUUCCACCCAGCAACUUUUAGAAAAAUACGGAGGCGAACCCCCUAAGCGAACCCGAUCGAGAGGCGGCGACGAGAAGCGCAAGUCAGAAUCAAAGCGUAAACCCUCCACAGCUCAACAACAGCAACAACCGCCAGUACGGCGAACUGGCCUUCCUCCUCCCCCAACAGCGAAUAUCCGCCGUCCCACUCCCGUGCAGUCGCCUGUCGCUCCCUCUCCCGAUUUCCAUUCGCCUCCUUCUCCAUAUCCACCUCAGCCCCAGCUACAACAACCGCCUGUUUCCCCUCCACCUCCUGCAUUCGAUGAGCCGGGUUUCGCACCCAAUGCGUUCGCAAGUGCGCCGCAAUAUGUCGAGCAUUCGCACUGGUACGACCGUCUCCUAGACGUCCUCCUUGGUGAAGAUGAAACGCAGCCGAAGAAUAGGAUUGCCUUGAUCUGUAGCUCCUGUCGGCUUGUCAACGGUCAAGCGCCUCCAGGAAUCAAAUCGUUGGAAGAACUCGGUCACUGGCGCUGUGGGAUCUGUGGUGCGUGGAACGGAGUUGAAAGCGAGGCGAAGAAGGUUCUCUCCGACAUCCGGAGCGAGCGACAAGUGGCGGAUGAAACAUGGGAGCCCGUCUCGAAGGCAGAGGCGGAGAACCACUCCUCGGUCGGCGAUGCCACUGGUGACGGCGUCAUAGUAGCCACUAGUGAAGAUGACCAGGUUGACUCCCACGACUCAGAUGCCGACACGGCAGACAAGGAGCAAAAGCAAGACCAAGACCCAGACCAAGAGCAAAAUCAAGAAACGCCGGUCGAGGAAGAGCAGCCAGUACCCGAACCGAAGGGAAGGCCAGUUCGGAGGAGUAACAGAAAGAAAGCAUAAACAUUGGCGUUCUGUAUACAUAGUUUACUUAGCACAUCUCGGGUGGGGUUUUGUUUUUUCUUUAUAGUGCAUAUUCUUACUGCGUUCAAUGUAUCCCACAACGGAGUUCAG